UGUGUGUGGGGGAAUAAAAUUGCCAGAAAAAAAAUUUGGAUGACAUUAUAAUAAUCAGUAAUUGAUUGUUAUUACUAUAAAACAUUUCCUAAGCCUUUAUUAAUAUGACUUUUGUCAAAAUUAAACAAAUGGUGUGACAUUUUACUCACUCAGCUAGUCUGGCUCUGUCCAAAGGAGGCAUGUUGUGCGUAUGUGCUGAUGGUGACGGCAGUCUACUGGGUGUCUGAGGCCGUUCCCUUGGGUGCUGCCGCUCUGGUCCCUGCCUUCCUCUAUCCGCUCUUUGGGGUACUCAAAUCCAGUGAGGUAGCAGCAGAAUACUGUAAAGAUACCACUUUGCUGCUGAUGGGAGUCAUCUGCCUGGCUGCCUCCAUAGAGAAGUGGAACCUGCACAAACGCAUCGCUCUGCGCAUGGUGAUGAUCGCAGGGGCCAAGCCUGGCAUGUUGGUGCUGGGCUUCAUGUGUUGCACAGUGUUCCUGUCCAUGUGGCUCAGCAACACAUCCACCACGGCCAUGGUGAUGCCCAUAGCCGAGGCCGUCCUGCAGCAGCUCAUCUGCACCGGCCUGGCCGACAGCCACAACGACUCCGAAACUGCGGAGGCCACGGAGGAUGAAAGCGCUGUGUCAAACAAAGAAGAAAACUUGGACAAGAACCAGUUGGAGAUGCUCUAUCGCAAUGACAGCAGUGACUGCACUAAACAGGAACUCUCUACACUCAGUGAGGUACAGAGUGGGGAGGCAAAUGGUUUGGGUCUGAAGGAGUUCAUCAGACACACCAACGGACACUUGCCGCAGGUUGCGAUCGAAAUCCCAAAUGUGAAACGGGUGAGGGCCAGGAGAGACUCCCAGUAUCCCACCAAGAGGGAUCACAUGAUCUGCAAAUGCCUGUCGCUCAGCAUCACCUAUGCGGCGACCAUCGGCGGACUCAUCACUAUCACCGGCACCUCCACUAACCUCAUCUUUUCUGAGCAGUUUAACACUCGUUAUCCGGAUGCGAAGGUAAUAAACUUUGGCACGUGGUUCAUCUUCAGCUUCCCCAUCGCCAUCAUCAUGCUGGUCCUCACCUGGCUGUGGCUGCACUUCCUCUUCCUCGGCUGCAACUUCAGGGAAACGUGCUCGCUGAGUAAGAAACGCAAAACCAGGAGAGAGAUGCUGUCAGAGAAGAGGAUCCAUGAGGAGUAUGCAAAAUUGGGACCCAUCAGCUACCCAGAGGUUGUGACCGGGGUUUUCUUCAUCCUGAUGACUGUGCUGUGGUUCACCAGAGAGCCUGGCUUCGUGCCUGGCUGGACGUCUCUUUUUGAGAAAAAAGGCUAUAGGACCGAUGCAACCGUGUCUGUCCUUCUGGGCUUCCUGCUCUUCCUCAUCCCUGCCAGGCGACCCUUCUCCUCAUCCUCCUCCAGCUAUAGAAACACAGAUGACGACUCAGAUUCGGACCCACUGGCUCCCAUGAUCACCUGGAAAGACUUCCAGAGACUGAUGCCGUGGGAGAUCGUCAUCCUGGUGGGAGGAGGCUAUGCAUUGGCUGCUGGUUGCAAGGUGUCAGGCUUAUCAGUGUGGAUCGGCAGACAGCUGGAGCCCAUGAGUGGUCUUCCUCCCUGGGCCGUCACCCUGCUGGCCUGCCUGCUGGUGUCAGCGGUCACAGAGUUCGCCUCCAACCCCGCAACUCUCACCGUCUUCCUGCCCAUCCUGUCUGCCCUGUCGGAGACUCUGCACAUCAACCCCCUCCACACUUUGAUCCCCUCCACCAUGUGCGUGUCAUUUGGGGUCAUGCUUCCAGUGGGGAACCCCCCCAACGCCAUCGUCUUCAGUUACGGCCACGUGAAGAUCAGCGACAUGGUAAAAGCAGGUUUCGGGGUGAACCUGAUUGGCGUGGCGGUGGUGAUGUUGGCCAUCACCACGUGGGGCGUUCCCCUCUUCAACCUGACUGAGUUCCCAGCCUGGGCGGUGGCCAGGAACAUCACCGGGAGCUUAUAACCACCGUCGGAGCGGAGCCAGUGGCAAGAAGAGGCCAUGAAUGACUGACUGAGAGACAGAUAGAGUUUAUGAAAUGGGGCAGUGUUUCUGUGAGGAAAGACAAUAAGAAAAAGACAUGUUGUGUCUCAAGAGGAUGGACUUUUUUAGGCUGAUUAGACUGCUCCUGAAGGAGGAAGAUGGAUGGAGGGAAGAAGAAGAGGAGGACGAACCAUUACCUGUUGCUUAGACGUAUGAAUCAGAAUUAUAUUACAGGGCAUUACAACCUAUCCAAUGUUGAAUAAGAGGGCAGCCUUUGUCAAAGUGUCCACUACGGGGAGCUCUGACAUCCAGCAUAAACUUUUUUUUAAUUUUUUUUUUUUACAUCUGUUAACAAAAUUGGACAGAGAUUCUGUUUUCACUGAAUCACUAAAAGCUACAAACAUAUUUGGUGGUGAUCAGGAACUGAUAUGAUAGAAACAAUAAUGUACAUUUUUAGUGUUCUCAGAGCCAGAUCAUGCCUUCCUCUGUGGGUUAGGCAUCGUUUAGAUUUAGAAAAAAAAAAAAAGAAAAAGCUAUGUAGCCAAUGUAGGCAAGCCUCUUUUUACUGCAUGCUUGCUAAACUGCUGCUGCACUUAAACUACAUGUAUUGCUCUUUAGCCAGCCAGUAUAUAUUCCAACAUGGUGGGCUGGUGACAAGUUAGCUGAGAGUUUUGACUUUUCUUACACUGCUCAGUGUAAGAGAAAGAGAUGACUGCUGUAUUAAAGCAAGAUUAAUGCAUGAAAAGAGGCUUCUACUGUGGCUGUCGAUGUACUGUAUGCAUAGAGCUACUUAUUAUCAAGCAUUUUGGAUGUACUCAUUAUCUUUUCAUAAGAGUCUAUAUGCUCUGUUUCUAGUGAGAAAAGAGCCUGUGCAUAUUAAGUGACAAACUGAAAGCCUGUACACUGUCCAUAUAUGUUCUAAGCUGCUAUCUGUAUCGAUUUUGAAGUCUAGACCUCUUAAUAUCUGCCUGAUGUCUUUACCAAAGUUUCUGAAGAUGACUGUGUGCUCUAUCAUACUGUGAGCAUUUCAGUGCUUGUUGGUCAUGUUUGCUCAAAGCACCUUGCAGUACCACUAGUGCCUUUACCAUAUACCAUUGUCUGUUAUACUUCAGUUUUAGCAUCUGUUGAGGGAACCAAACCCCCAACUCUGACAGUGUUACUGCCUCACUGUAACCUCUGAGCAGUGCAGGAACCUGAUUCUGUACCAUCCUCCUCAAAUCACAAUGAGUCUUCCACCAGUUGAGAUUGCUGAUGAUAGGAGUAGUGUUAUUGCUUUUUACUGUACUUUUUACUUGACACCAAGAACGGAUACUGUACUGUAUACAAGUUAUAGAAAAUCCCAGGUUGGUCAUACUGUAAUGUUUUAUGGUAACUCAAUUUCUAAGCUUUCCUUUUCUUGUAUUGUAUCUUUUUUUUCUCGUUUUGUAGUUUGGACGAGUUGUAGACUUGAAAAGUUAGACACACUCCAGCCAUCAUUCUGUGUAUUCAGCUGGGUGCUUAUGAUUCUACAAACGAGGCCCCUAACUGUGCUCCUUAAUGACUUCUUUGUCUUCGGCAUGUUGGUCGGACAUUGCUUUUAUGUGCUGCUGAAUAUAUUUGAAAUACUUGCAAAUUUCACAUGAACACUUUUAGAAUUUAGACAAUGAACUUGUGAAAUCAGAGAAAAAUUGACUAGUUAUACACUUUAUCAAAUAGCGAUAGCGACACUAAUUAUCACAACAAAUUGUUUUAAUGAAAUUUGUUACGUUAGCAUGUUAAGCAACAGGAUGACCGGGUUAGGGAUUUCGUGGAGAUGUGACUUUUCACCUGGAAUAUGAACGCAGAAAGUUCUGAUUUUGAGUUAUUUUUGAAUGCAGCAUCCAAAUCAUUUAAGGAAGAGAGAAAGAGCGAGCGGGCACAGGGUUGUAUGGUACAGUAGUUUGUUCAAUCAAUUGUAAAAUCACUUUAACUAUUGUCUGGUGGUAAAAAGGUGUGCACAAAACAUUCACUGUACUGUGCAAAAAUGUACAAGAUGUGUUUUAUAUUUUUACACAAAUUUUAAAUGUAAUUUGUGGCUUUUUUUUAUAUCACUGCAUUAUAAGUUUAGGUCUUAGUGUAGGCAGAAUCAGAGGCCUACGUUUUACUUUUUUGUAAUUUAUUCAGUUCUACUGAAGUUUUCAUAUAUCUUGGUGGUGUCGCAGCAGUGACCUUCAACCCAGAGGCCACAUACCUUUGUAAAUACAUACAGAUUUGUAAUAUAAAGAUAAUGUGCCUUUGCUUGUUUCCAAAUGAGCUGUAAUAUUCCGAAAUUACAUGUUUACCUUGAUGUUUCAUUCAUAUCCAAGUCAGGCACAGACUAGAGUUAGGAUGACAAAAACAGUAUACAUGUACAAUAAUAAAACCACUAAAACCACUGA